AUGGGUCACACUUACAAAUGGAUUCUUUCUUCAAAAAGAUGCGUUAAAGACAUGAUUUUUAAGGAGAAAAAGAAGCUGUCGGUUGAAUCCUUGAUAUAUUCUUGGAUAAUAGAUUUAGAUGAUCCGGAUAUUGAGAAUUUGUUCACUGAAAAUGAAUGGCGCGAAAUUAAGAAUGAAGUUCGUGAACUUCCAAAGGUAGAUGAAUAUUUUGCAAGAUCUCUUUCAAGAUUUAGGAAUGUUCAAACAACCGCUGAUCUGAGAAAGGUAAUCGAGACAACGUCAUAUCGGAACAAAAAUGAUCCUUUUAAUCGAGAUAAGCAUUUUGAUUCCGAAUGGGCAGAGUUAGUGAUGAGGCACCUGUAA